ACCACCGUGUGUGAGAAGAUCAUGGAGCUGCUGGGCCAGAACGAAGUGGACCACCGGCAGCGCAAGCUGGUCAUCCUGAGCCAGGACCGCUUCUACAAGGUCCUGACCGCCGAGCAGAAGGCCAAGGCCCUGAAGGGCCAGUACAACUUCGACCACCCAGACGCUUUCGAUAACGACUUGAUGCACAGGACUCUGACAAGCAUCGUGGAGGGCAGAGCCGUGGAGGUCCCGAGCUAUGACUUUGUGACCCACUCGAGGUUGCCGGAGACCACGGUGGUGUACCCCGCAGAUGUGGUGCUCUUCGAGGGCAUCCUGGUGUUCUACAGCCAGGAGAUCCGGGACAUGUUCCACCUGCGCCUCUUCGUGGACACGGACUCUGACGUGAGGCUGUCUCGGAGGGUUCUGCGGGACGUGCACCGAGGGCGGGACCUGGAGCAGAUUCUGAGCCAGUACACCACCUUCGUGAAGCCAGCCUUUGAGGAGUUCUGCCUGCCGACAAAGAAAUACGCUGAUGUGAUCAUCCCUCGCGGGGUCGACAACAUGGUCGCCAUCAACCUGAUAGUGCAGCACAUCCAGGACAUCCUCAACGGCGACCUCUGCAAGCGGCACCGGGGCGGGACCAACGGGCGCAACCACAAGAGGACCUUCCCCGAGCCAGGGGACCACCCCGGGGUGCUGGCCUCUGGCAAGCGGUCACACCUGGAGUCCAGCAGCAGACCCCACUGAUCGCCCUGGGCAGGUGGCCCCACCAGGCCAGCCACUGGGCCUGGGGACACCCUGCCCUUGGAAGCACAGAGGCCACAGCCUCUGGCGGGUCCUGGUGGUGUUGGGACCAGGUAUCUUCACGAGGAGGGUGCAGUCUGGGUCACGGAGGCAGCCUCCGGCUUCCCGCUUCCUUGGAAGAGGAGGUCGGCAUCCCUGGGCCCCGGAAGCACCAGGGUGCGUGUGGGAAGCCUGUGGCGCCUGCUUCCUGCAGAAAUGUGAAUCUUGUACUUUGGGGAAAGUGGAAGCGGCCUGGCCACUGGCUGGCCUGGUGAUUUUGGACAGCAAACGCACAGCAAGAGAUCGGUUUCCCGUAUGGUCUGUGCCUACAGGCACAUCACCGAGACACGCUGAGACACACGUGUCCUGCUGUUUCACUCUGUCCCAUAGCACAAGGCCGGCUGUGACCCGUAAGCCAUGGUCCCUGCGCUGCUCCGGGCUGUGGCUCGGCCCACAAGCAAAGAGGCAGGAGUCCGGGGUGGCCGGCAUUUCUGCCUCGAGCAGCCCACUCAGACGCGGGCCCCAGCCCAGGCUGCCCCUGUGGGCCCCUGCCAAGAGCCAGCUCACAGCCUUGCCACAGUCCUGCCUGUUGUCCAGGUUUUCGUCCAUCCGUCCCGUGAUGGCCCUCUUGAAGUGUCCUUUGCCGUUGGAGCUCUCUGUGGCAAACACCUGGGGCUUCUCACCGUGGCUAUGCAGCCGCACUGGGGCUGCUCUGUGAGUCUUGGCACGGAUGAGCCUAAAUUAAUAAACAAUUCUACAUACGAAA